UGACUCCCCUCCCCUCCUCCUCCUCCUCCCUCACCCUGUCAGUCGACUGUUUUCUCUGUCUGUCGGUGUGUGUCUGUUAGCUAGCCGUUAGCUUUCAUCACCAUCAACCGUAGGACCGACGCGAGCAUGGCUGACACAGCCCAGGACCCUCCACCGCAGCCCGCUGACUCCAAUGAGCUGAAGGACGGGGAGAACCUGCUGCCUAAGCCGGCCGCCACACAGGAGGUGAGGAGGAGGAGGAGGUGAUGAAGGGAGGCCGAGGGGAGCUGAGGCAGGCAGGGCGUGAUGCUCCAGGCUGACAACAAAUGUAAACUUAGAGCAGACAGGGGAGCACGUCAAAACGGUUUAUUUCUGAAUGGGGUUUGGUCAGCCCGAGUGAAAGCUCCUUUUUCAUUAAUCCCUGCUUUGUCAUCAUUCAGCAGAUCAGUCCUGCACACGCUUACUCAAACAAUACUAACGGUGGCCUUCAUAGCGACACUUACAUGAGCCGAGGAGGGUCAUAUCUGCGCGGAAGAAAACGCGGAAUAGGUGUGUUUACCCUCCGUCAGGUGACAGUCACACAGGUGUGCGUGAUGCAUUCAGGGCUGACUGGAAAAACGGAAUAAAUGCCAAAAUAAUCAGAUUAAUCGUCAGGUUUGUUGUGUUUAUGCUUUUGGGUUGUUUGUCCGAGUUAAGGAGAAGCAGGCUGGAUUAUUAUUGUCCUGGUGGUUUGAAUCACAUCAUAAAGGAGUGAAACGGAGAAUGAGCAAUGAACAAAACAAGGGGUCGUAUUAGGACAACUCCAAAACAGCUGUAAAGAUUCGGAACAGGUUGAACAUCUGGUUAAACAUCAUCUUCCCACCCUCAUGCUCACAGUACAUUCUCCAAACUUGUAUCUGCUAUAUUCACAAGAUAACUUGCUUUGACUACAAACAUCAAACUAAAGGAGCUGGCGGGAAAUAGUCAAGGUAAAGUCAGGAUAAAGAAGUUGUGCUGAUCAAGUUCUGGUGAAAAUCUGGUGUUCACACCUGCAGUUCAGUCAUAAAAAUUCAGAAUAUUUUUAGAGAUUUUCACGUGUUAAAGAAGCUUUUAUUUUUUCUGCGCUUUUUAAUUUUUACAGAGACUGGGAAAGCCUGGGAAAAGUUAGGAUUAAAAGUUGAGGUUAAAAAUACAGGGCAUUUACACACGCAGCUCAUGCCGAGAUUUUUGACUUCUCCAGGAUUUUUGGACAUGCGAUCACCACUUAUGUUCAUGUUGUGCUUUCAAAUUUUAAAAGGAAACCGGAGGCAAAAAUUUGGGCAAAAUGGGGAUAAAAAGAAAAAAAAUAAAUGUUUGAAAAUGUUGCAUUUUGCACACUUGCUGCUCCUUCAGAAGUUGUGAUGAAAUUCUCAUUAAGUGCAUGAGGGAAAACUGUUCUAGUUUGUGUCCUGCCUUUGAAUUUCGCAAGGGUGCAUGAAAGAAAAAGUCUAGAUAAAGUUUAAAAAAGGAUAUUUUUGAUCAAUAUCUUGGAUUUGAAGGAUGUGUAAAAGCAACUUAUGUUUGGUUUUAUUAGAGAGAACAUAGUUAACAUUUCUGUAAUGGAAAUGAAUCUGCAUGUCUUUAUGGGGCCAACCUUAUCCCACAGUCACAGAGUUUGUGUGAGUCCUCGACUGUGAGACUCUGUAAUCAGACAGAACUUGGGCGACAAACCUGUCAAUGUGCAGCAAACUGUGUUAAUUUAAUUGCCCUUCUUGGAGGAUGAUUUGGUGCUCGUCUAAAGCCAGAUCAUUAAUGAAAUGAAUCCAGUUUGGUAUUUUAGAUUCAUGCAGAUUAUUGUGCAGAAAAUUUCGUUCUCAGAAUAUUGACAAGCAAUCAGGAACAUGUUUGAGUUUUCAGAAACGAUCAGGAGUUACAUCCACUCAACGAACAAGAUACAGUGCAUCUGGAAAGUAUUUAUACCACUUCACUUGUUCCACAUUUUGUUAUGUUACAGCCUCAUUCCAAAAUGGAUUAAAUUCCUUUUUUUCCCUCAAAAAUUCUACACAAAAUACCCCGUAAUGACAAAGCGAAAAACUUUUUGUAGAACAUUUUGCAAAUUUAUUAAAAAUAAGACACUCAAAUGUUGCAUACAUAAUUAUUCACACCCUUUACUCAAUACUUGGUUGAAGCACCUUUGGCAGCGAUUACAGCCUCCAGUCUUCCUGUGUAUGAUGCAACAAGCUUGGCACACCUGGAUUUGGGGAGUUUUUCCCAUCUUUCUUGCACAUCCUUUCAAACUCAGUGAGAUUGGAUGGGCAGCAUCGGUGCACAGCUACUUUAAGGUCUUUUCAAAGAUGUUUAAUCGGGUUCAAGUCUGGGCUCUGGCUGGGCCACUCAAGGACAUUCAGAGACUUGUCCUGAAGCCACUCCUUUGUCUUCUUGGCCGUGUGCUUAGGGUCAUUGUCAUGCUUAAAGAUGAAGCGUCGCCCCAGUCGAAGGUCUCAAGCACUCUGGAGCAGGUUUUCAUCAAGGAUUUCGAUGUACUUAGCUGUAUUCAUUUUUG